GCGGGCAAGACAGAGGCCAGCAAGUACAUCAUGCAGUACAUCGCGGCCAUCACCAACCCCACGCAGCGCGCCGAGGUGGAGAGGGUGAAGAACGUCCUGCUCAAGUCCAACUGCGUCCUGGAGGCCUUCGGCAACGCCAAGACCAACCGCAACGACAACUCGAGCCGCUUCGGCAAGUACAUGGACAUCAACUUCGACUUCAAGGGCGACCCCACGGGCGGCCACAUCCACAACUACCUCCUGGAGAAGUCCCGCAUCAUCCAGCAGCAACCGGGCGAGAGGAACUUCCACUCCUUCUACCAGCUGCUGCGGGGAGCCCCGGCCGCGCUGCUGGCCUCGCUGCAGCUCCAGCGCGACCCCGGCGCCUACCGCUACACCCGCGAGGGCACCGCCGGCGGCGCCGGGGGUGACGACGCGGCCAGCUACAAGGAGGUGGAGGAGGCCAUGGCCGUGAUCGGCUUCACUCCGGAGGAGAUCGGCUCCGUGCACAGGAUCCUCGCUGCCAUCCUGCACCUGCUCUGCCCCACCGACAAGACGAUGGAGUUCGGCCGGGAUUUCCGCAUCAAGCACUACGCCGGAGACGUCACAGGGGACCAUAGGGCACCUUGGAGGGCCACAGGGUCAUUGGGGACCAUGCGGGUGUCUGUGGGCGCCUCUGCCCAGCUCUGCCCCACCGACAAGACGAUGGAGUUCGGCCGGGAUUUCCGCAUCAAGCACUACGCCGGAGACGUCACGUGAGGGGGGCAGGAGGGGACCAUAGGACCUUGGAGGGCCACGGAGUCGUUGGGGACCACGCGGUGCCUGGUCCCCAGCGCCGACCCCGUGCUGCGUGCCAUGUGGCCCGACGGCGAGCAGAGCAUCACCGAGGUCACCAAGCGCCCGCUCACCGCCGCCACGCUCUUCAAGAACUCCAUGGUGGCCCUGGUGGACAACCUGGCCUCCAAGGAGCCCUACUACGUGCGCUGCAUCAAGCCCAACGACUCCAAGUCCCCGGAGCUCUUCGACGAGGAGCGCUGCCGCCACCAGGUCUCCUACCUGGGGCUGCUGGAGAACGUGCGGGUGCGACGCGCCGGCUUCGCCUACCGCCAGCCGGCACACCAAGGUCUUCAUCCGCACGCCGCGCACCCUCUUCAGCCUCGAGCAGGCACGGGCACAGCUCAUCCCCAUCAUCGUCCUGCUGCUGCAGAAGGUGGGAGCCGCGGGGGACGCAACUUGGGUUACAAUGGCCCGACCAGGGGUGAGGUUGCCACCAAAACCGGGGUGGUCUUGGGUUUGGGUGCCCAAGCUCUGGGUUGGCCCAAGGAGCUCAUCCGCACGCCGCGCACCCUCUUCAGCCUCGAGCAGGCACGGGCACAGCUCAUCCCCAUCAUCGUCCUGCUGCUGCAGAAGGCCUGGCGCGGCGCCCUGGCGCGGCGCCGCUGCCGCUACCUGCGCGCCGCCUACGCCAUCAUGGGCUACUACAAACGGCACGUCACGGAGAACCCGGCGCUGGCGCUGGCCUUCGCGCGCCGCGUGCAGGCGCUGCGGGACAAGGUGCACUUCGGCGCCGUGCUCUUCUCCUGCCACGUGCGCAAGAUCAACCGCUUCAACAAGAGCCGGGACCGGGCCAUCCUGGUCACCGACCAGCACCUCUACAAGCUCGACCCGCGGCGCCAGUACCGGGUGAUGCGGGCGCUGCCCCUCAGCACGGUGACAGGUCUCAGCGUGACGAGCUGCCAGGCGCAGCUCGUGGUCUUCCACACGCAGGAGCGCGACGACGUGGCCGUGUGCCUGCACAAGACGCAGCCGCCGGGUGACAACCGCGCGGGCGAGCUGGUGGGCGUCCUGCUGGAGCACUGCCGCACGACCAAGCGGGAGCUGCAGGUCCCCGUGUCCGACUGCAUCAUGAGCCUGCGCGGCCGCCGGCGUCUGCUGACCGUGGAGACCCGGCCCGACGUGGCCAGCCCCGAUUUCGGCAAGAGCCGCGAUGGCUUCGUGCUCUACUGGCCCGGCAAAUGA